GGCACAAUUUAUUCUGGAGACUCCCAGCCCGCGCUGACAUCUAAAUCCGGCACUCCCCUCUUCACCUCACCUUCGUCUGUCUGUGCUCUGUUUCCCUCGUCUCACGAACCCUUCUCUCUUCUUAACAUCUAGACAUGAAACAUACUUCCCGUCACAUACCAUUACCACUCAUCGAGCCUCUCGUUCUCCAGAGUUAGGUCUGUGCGCAUGCAGUCUGCCAAUCGGGUAACCCCCACACCUCUUCGCCAUCAUGACUUCUCGGACAUUGAACAACGUCGUGACUGAGCAAACGAUUGCCUUCAAUGCCCUCAUUUACGGCUACGCUGGACACUCUCUGGUCACACCCCACUCCGUUCUCCAGCAAGUUUGGUGGACAGACGAGAAAAUCGAUACCACAGUCACCAAGGAAUUCGUCACCUCCAGGCUACGGCCGAACGAAAGAGAUAGACUCGAACAGCCCGUAGCUUUCGGCGAAGGCUUGACUGAUGACACCUACCUGGAGUGGAUACUGGAAAAGGCGAAGCGGCUGUUUCUGACCUUGGUGGAAUCUGGUGUACCCGAUCAGAUAUUCCCCGUCAUCGAUCACUCCUGGGAAGAUGACGACCUGCCGCUUCCACUUGAAGAAGUGGAGAAGCUUGCGCUCUCGUAUGAGCGCAACGACCAGCUGAAUUACAAGUUCUAUCACACACAGUUCACCUACCUGCUCCGCGAACUGACCGAAGGCGCCCAUUUCGACUAUGCGCCAAACGAGGUCCUGCCCCUGGAAUACGUCCAUAGCCUGCCCCCAGCGGUCGCAUUACAGAAUUGGUCCCGAGUCCACCUGCCGACGAAGCCGAAUGAAGUAUACGUGCGGAGGAAGUUCUCCUUAGGCGGCGCUGUAUUAGACGAAGACCUUGAGAUGGAAUUUCACCACGACGUUGAAGCAUCAAGACUCGUGGAGCAUGAUCAUAUUGCGCCCGUCUGGGCUUCAUAUGCCUGGAAAGGGAACGCUUACGUCCUUACUAACUUUGUCGGCCAGCACACUCUCAAGAGUUUCAUCGACCAUCGGAAGCCUGCUCAGUACCAGCGACUGCAAAAGAAGGACCGAUACCAGCUGCUCUUGGGCUGGCUCCAUUGCCUUGCAGAUGCAAUUACUUCGCUACACCAAAACGGCCUCUACCACGGAGCAAUCCGGCCGUCCAACAUACUGAUUGACGAAUCAAAUACGGUUGCCUUCAGCGAUAUUGGCAGCCUAGGAUCAUUCCAAAAAGACAAGCGGCCAGACCCUCAAGAGGCAUACAACUACGGUUCUCCAGAAGCACACAGUUCUGCCAGGCCAUUGCUCACCGAUCAGGCGUUGAAGAAGGUCGACAGCACUCAAUCUCGCAAACAGUCGGUCUCCAGCCACGGGUCGUCGGAACAGUCUGUAUCAAGCAGCUCAUCUCGAGCUCACAGCAAGGCUAAGCUGACACGAACCGCGACCAACAACUCGCUAUCCGGCUUCGACUUUGGCUUCACAAGGUCAAGGACGCCUAAAACCACCCCCACGCUUCUUCCAGCGACUGAGAAAUCAGACGUUUUCGCCCUCGGGUGCGUCUAUCUCGACAUACUCACCUUCCUAUUGAAGAAGAAAGCACACGACUUCACAAAGCAUCGGUCAUCCAAGAAGAAGGUCGGCGAGUCUGGACGAACAGUCAACUCACGAACCGACUCGUCCUUCCACGGCAACAUUGACAAGGUCCGCGCGUGGAUGAAGGUCUUGGAAGACACGGCGUUUGAGCACGAUGACGACGCGUUCCGUAGCAUUCCCCACAUCCUGGAUCUGGUGCGAGCAAUGUUGAGUCAGAACCCUGGCCUGCGGCCAACUGCCCGGGACGUACGUGACCGCCUUUUCGGGAUCCUCGUCAACUACUCUGGCAUCGUGGACGUGCACUGCGGGGCGCACUCCCACGAUAUCCUUGUCCGAGCGUCAACUAUCGACUCUGAUGCCGCUUCCACUGUGGCGUCGCUGCGCACAUCGAACUCCGGCCCGGACGGUGCGUCUAGUUCAGCUUCCGUGCGCACUUCCACCGCGACAACAGUGCGGGUAUCGAGCAUGAUGAACUCAACCCUGCGCGACUCCUCCGUCACCGAGAGCUCGACCCUGUUUGACGACAGCGCCAGCAUCCGCACCAUCAGCGCCGAGCCGCUCAAGAUUGCAAUUUCCCCGUCCAAAACUCUCCCGCCACCUCCUACAGUCAAGGUCCCAUCACCGACGCCCAGGAGAUUCAACCCUUGGCAUCGCGCUUCCUCGCGAGUGUCGUGAAACGCUCGGCCUCGUAUAAAAACCUGGCAUCAUGCUCGCCCGCACUCGCGCAAUCUCCAACCCGUCUUACGCUCAUCUGGGCGGUGGGUGAGAUGGGGGGAAAGUGGGUCGGGAGGCCCUACGUA